AUGGCUACUAUUCGACAAGAAAUAGUUAGUGCUGCAAUUCAUAGAGCAAAUGCAUUAUUAGACCCUAAUAUUCAAAAUAAUUUAGAAAAACAACAUGUAUUUAGAAAACAAACAGUUCUUGCUGACAAAUCUCUUACAAAGGAUGAAAAAUCAUAUGCAGAACAAAAAGAAUUUGUGAAAAUUGUCAUGAUGACAUUAUAUUGUGAACAUUGUAUUCGAAAUUAUUUAAAAGAAAAUUUUUCAAACUGGACAUCUGGAAAUAAUGAUAUUGAUAAUUUAAUACAACAAUGUCAAAUAAAAGCACUUAUCCCAAAUUUGAUAGUAGAAUGGAUUCCUUAUAAUAAUUUACAAAAUAUUGAAUACUUAACUAAAGGUGGAUGUUCCGAAAUUUAUACAGCAGUUUGGAUUGAUGGACCUUAUUAUGAAUGGGAUUCAAAAGAAAAACAAUUAAAAAGAGAUGGUAGAUGGGUAAAUGUAGUGCUCAAAAAAUUAGAAAAUGUCGAAAGUGCCAAUAAAAGUUGGUUUGAGGAGGGUAUGUCUCAUCUAUAUUUAGGUAGCAAAACUUUUCUUAUAGUGCGAUGUUAUGGUUUAACUCAAAAUCCAUUUAAUGGAAAUUAUAUGAUUGUAAUGAAUCGUAUGGAUAUAAAUCUAAGAGAAUAUUUGCAACAAAAUCACAAUAAACUCACAUGGAAAGAAAGAAUUCAAAUUAUUGAUAGUAUAAUUAGCGCAGUUUAUGAUAUUCACAGAGAGGGUGCAAUCCACAGAGAUUUACAUUCUGGAAAUAUAUUAUUUAAUCAAAAUGAUCAAAGAUUUUUCAUCAGUGAUUUAGGAUUUUGUGGACCAGCUAAUAUACCAUUAGAUAGUAUAUAUGGAAAUCUUUCAUAUAUAGCACCAGAAGUCAUUGUUAAGAAGAAAUAUAUUUUUGCAUCUGAUAUUUAUAGUAUUGGCAUACUUAUGUGGGAAAUCUCAUCUGGACAACCACCUUUUAUUAAUAAACAUGAUUAUGAUCUUGCAAUAAGAAUAAUAAAUGGAAUGAGACCAAAAAUAAUACCAGUCACUCCUUUAGAAUAUAAAGAAUUAAUGGAACAAUGUUGGGAUGCUAAUCCUGCGAAAAGACCUGAUAUUUACACUCUUUCUAAUAAAAUGGGUGAUAUUUAUAGAUCAUAUUGUCAAAAUGAAAAUGAACAAAGAAUAAUUAGUAAAAUUACGAGUAUUAAUAGCUCUCAAUUAAAUACAAGAUUUAAUGUGAAUUCUAGUUCUAGUGAUAGUUCCUUCUUUGGAAAUUUUAGUGCAAGUUCUAGUAAUUGGAAUAUUAGUAGUAGAGUUUAUAAUUUUGAAAAUUUACCUGAACCAAAAAAUGCAACAAAAGAAGAACAAGAUGCUUAUUAUAGUAUACAAUUUGAUUUUGAUUUACAAGAUGGUUUGAUUAUUGAAGAGAAAUCCAAUAAAAGAAGUUAUUUUGAUGAUGAUGAAAAAGAUCUAGCUUCUAACUCUAAUAAAAAAAGUCAAUUUAAAUAAUAAUGAAGAAAUACAAUAUCAUGAAAUUGGAUACCAAUAUACACAAAGAAAUUAUGCUACGAGUAAGAUGGACCUUAACUAUUUAUUAAAUUAGAGCUUAUCAUCAUUAUUUUUAUAUUGUUUUAUUUAGAAUUAUUUAAACACUAAGACUAGAGUAGCAAUAUUUGCAAAUUAUCUUAGUUUGUAAUUUAUAUACAUUAUAUAUGUGUGUGUGUGUGCAUUUUAUUUUAAAAUUUGGCAUGAGUAUAAUUUAAUCGUACAUUCUAAAAUAUGAGCCCUAACUCUACCCUACCCUAAUGAAGAUUCUACAAUGUCUGCGUCACGUUUAUAUCCAUAGGCUUCUGGUACCGCGUCACGUUUAUAUCCAUAGGCUUCUGGUACCGCGUCACGUUUAUAUCCAUAGGCUUCUGCUUCCGCGUC